AUGGUGGCUCCCUGUCUCGCGUGCAGAGGACGUGGGCUGACAUGGAGACCGAGGAUGUCAAUUUACGCAGUGAAAUAACACUUCUUUCGCAGAUUGACCAAAAGUGCAAUGGUGCCUUCCAGAAGUUCUUGGAUGUUGAGGAGUGGGACAAAAACCAAUGGGAUGAGGUGCUCAGUGCAGUGGCGGCGGCACUCUUAGACCCAGACUUGACUCUCCUGGUUGGAGCAAAUCUGCGACCAUGGAUAUUGGAGCUGCUCUCUCAUGCCACAGAGGUUGUGAAGAAACUUGAUGCACAUCCUGCUUUCUGUGUUAGUCUUAGCAAGCUUGUCACUGUCAGCAAUGAUGUCAACAGAUUUGUACUCAAGUAUUUUCAGAGUGCUCCUGCACCAUUCCAUGAGCAGGAAGGAAAUUCCUGUGAACCAAAACAAAAGAAACUCAAAAAUGGUCACGAGCUUCAGAAGCAUUGUGUUACAGAUGUUGACAUAGCAAAGGCGACAUACAUAUUGCUACAGCAUGUUGGAGAAGACCUGAUUUACUUGUGGAAAUGGUCAGAUAUAUUACCAUUCUUAAAUCACAGUUCAGAAGAAGUGCGAUGGCUGAUGUGUCAAUGUAUAGCAAUUUCAUCGAGAAUGACUGAAAUGCAGAGAGAGUCUUUAAUAAGAAAGCAUGUCCCUGAGGAAGUACACAUUAGCUUGUCUGUAGAGAAUACCCUGACUUCAAAACCAAAGUUACCAGAAAUAUUGGGAGAGACAAGAGAAAUGAGUGAGUGUCAGCAGUUCCAACACACUGUUGCAGUUGGGCUUGUGGCAUUACCAGUCUAUAGCAAGGAGGAGCAGAAAGAGGAAGGAUGCUUAGUUAAGGUUCCUUCGACCAGGCGCAACCUUGAGUGUCUAGCACUGGCUGUAAGCAGAGGUGAUCCAGUAUUAAUAGAAGGCGUUGUUGGAAGUGGGAAGACCUCUUUGGUGGAGCAUUUAGCAUGCGUUACAGGAAGAUCAAAAGCUCCUCUGUUGAUAAAGGUUCAGCUUGGAGACCAAACAGACAGCAAGACACUCCUUGGAACUUACUGUUGUACACAGACACCUGGAGAAUUUAUAUGGAGGCCAGGCUCAGUAACACAGGCUGUGACGCAAGGCUACUGGCUACUUUUAGAGGAUCUGGAUUAUGCUCCUAUGGAUGUCAUAUCUAUCUUGGUUCCACUUCUUGAGACGAGAACACUACCUCUGCCAGGUCACGGAAAUGUACGAGCCCAUCCAGACUUCCAGCUCUUUGCCACUCGACGGACUCUAGGAGGAGCCAAGAUGGUCAGUGGAAAUGCAGGAUUGUUAGAGAAGCUGUGGCUGAAGAUUACACUGGAAACGCUGAAGCAUUCUGAAUUGAAAGAGAUUGUGACUACCAGGUGGCCUGUCCUUGAGACUAUAACAGACAAGCUUGUUGGAACAUACCUAAUGAUGUCUGCUGGACACCACGAAGAUGAUAGGUCCUAUGUAAGUCAGGAUAACAUAGUAGAUUUGACCACUGUGAAGGUGUCUGGCCGCCUAGUAUCCACAAGGGACCUCAUGAAGUGGUGUGCAAGGGUGUCUGAGCACAUGGAGAACACGGAUUGCGAUUUGGCUCAGAGGGCUUUCCAGGAAGCUCUUGAUGUAUUUUGUGCUGCAAUUCCAAAUAAGUCUGCAAAAUUCACCUUUGCAAUGCACAUUGGAUCCUUCAUGAACAGAAAUCGGGCAGAAUCUGAAUAUUAUUGCACGAAGUAUAUGCCUGAAAUCAAAUUCACUAACACGCUCAUAUCCAUCGGUGAACGUGUGAAACUACCAAAAAAAUGUGACGAUUCCCUGUCUCUGAAGGAAGUGAAGCAGUAUACCUUUUCCUUCACAAGACCUGCCUUGUCUUUGUUAGAGAGAAUAGGAGUUUCCUUAUUAAAUGAGGAGUCGGUCUUGAUUGUGGGUGAGACUGGAACAGGCAAAACCUCUGCUGUGCAGUAUCUUGCUCACCAGACCAGACAGAAAUUACGCGUCAUUAACAUGAAUCAACAAAGUGAUUCCUCAGACCUCUUGGGUGGUUUCAAGCCAGUUGACCUGAAGACAGUUGUGACACCAAUAAGGCAGGAAUUUGAACACCUUUUCACCAAAACAUUUUCAGCUAUGCAGAAUAACACAUUUCUUCAGCAUAUAAUGGUUUGCUUUAUGAACAAGAGGUGGAAUGACUUAUUUGCUCUAAUGUCUCACACAAAUCAGAAGGCUGUGAAAAAAAUUAAGGAUGAAAUGAAGAAUAAGAGUAAUGCAAAGAAGAUUAGACAGUCUAAGCUGAUGUUAAGUAAAUGGGAAGACUUUGGUUUUAGAAUGCAGACAGUGAAGGAGCAAGUGAGUCAAGCACAGAAUGUAUUUGCAUUUUCAUUUAUUGAAGGAGUUCUCAUCAAGGCAAUACAAGAAGGUGAGUGGGUAUUGCUAGAUGAAAUCAAUUUAGCAAGUGCUGAAACCCUGGAGUGUUUGUCAAGUUUACUAGAGUCAAAAACUGGUUCCUUGACUCUGUUGGAGCGAGGGGACACACAGCCCAUUGUCCGACACUCAGAAUUCCGCCUGUUUGCAUGCAUGAAUCCAGCAACUGAUGUUGGGAAGAAAGAACUACCUCCUGGCCUGAGAAAUAGGUUCACAGAGUUCUUCAUGGAAGAAUUAGAAACUGGUCAGGAUUUGAUUAUCAUCAUCAAGGACUAUUUGGAGAAGCUGGGACCAAAUAUGAAACAGAUUGAGGGCAUUGUGAAGUUCUACAAAAAUGUAAGAGAAGCAAAUGUCAAGUUGCUCAAUGAUGGCAUGGGCCACAAACCACACUUCAGCUUGCGUACCCUCUGCAGGGCCCUGGCUGUUGCUGCAAGAAAUCCAUGCUCAAGUGUAAAGAGGUCCUUAUAUGAGGCCUUUUGUUUGUCUUUCCUUACCCAGUUAGACAAUCCAUCAUAUGCAUACAUGGUGAUGCUGAUCAAGAAAUACAUUUUGGGAGUAGAUUCCCAAACAUAUAACAGCCUUAAGGGCAAGAUUCCACUAGACCCAAUUGCGAAGCCAAAGAAUAUUGAAACCGUGAAGGUGGAAGAUUUUUGGGUUCCAGUUGGUGAUGCAGAACAACAGAGUCCUCAUAAUUAUAUCAUCACAAAAACAGUGAAGAAGAACCUGCUUGAUAUAGUGCGUGUUGUGAGCAUUGGCAGGUUUCCAGUGCUGCUUCAGGGAGAGACCUCAGUUGGCAAGACCUCCCUUAUUACGUACCUUGCACGGAUCACAGGAACAACUUGUGUCCGUAUCAAUAAUCAUGAACACACAGAUCUCCAAGAAUAUGUUGGCUCAUAUGCACCAGAUGAGAGUGGAAAGCUUGUUUUUAAGCAUGGUGUCCUUGUUAAUGCAAUGCGCAAUGGACAUUGGAUUAUCCUUGAUGAGCUUAACCUUGCCCCUACGGACGUCCUAGAGGCACUGAAUCGUCUUUUGGAUGAUAACCGGGAACUGUUCAUCCCAGAGACGCAGGAAACUAUUAAAGCUCAUCCUCAUUUCAUGCUGUUUGCCACACAGAACCCACCAGGUUUAUAUGGUGGUCGAAAGGUCUUGUCCAGGGCUUUUCGCAACAGGUUUGUCGAGCUGCACUUCCAGGAAAUCCCAACUCAGGAGUUAGAGAUAAUCUUACAUCAGAGGUGUGAGAUCCCCUUGUCCUACAGCAAGAAUAUGGUUGCUGUCUUACAUGAGUUACAGAACAUGAGGAGGAGUUCUAAUGUCUUCCAGGGAAAGCAGUCCUUUAUCACUCUUCGUGACCUGUUCCGCUGGGCUGAGCGUUACCGUCUCGCUCCAAAACAGACCACUAAGUACUACGAUUGGAACCAGCACCUUGUGGAUGAAGGCUACCUAGUCUUAGCAGGAAGAGUGAGAGUGGAGGAGGAAGUGGAAGCCAUUCAGACAGUACUUGAAAAGAGGUUCGGCAAGGCAGUUGAUGUGGAAUCACUGUUUGUACUCUCAGAGAAAACAUCACCAGUCACAAAAGAGUGCCUAGAAAAAUUGUCGACAGUCAAAGGCUUUGAGCAUGUGGUUUGGACACAAGACAUGAGUCGACUCUAUGUCCUGGCAGCCAAGUCGUUAAGCUUCAAAGAGCCAGUGUUGUUAGUAGGAGAAACAGGUUGUGGUAAGACAACUGUAUGCCAAAUGAUAGCAGCUCAAAAACAUCAGGAACUUUUCACUAUCAACUGCCACAUGCAUACUGAAGGAGCUGACUUCCUUGGUGGAUUGCGUCCUGUUAGAUCACGCACAGAAGAAGACGACCGAUUGUUUGAAUGGGUGGAUGGGCCCUUGAUUCUGUCUAUGAGGGAUGGUGGCAUGUUUCUGGCUGAUGAAAUUUCACUUGCUGAUGACAGUGUUCUGGAAAGACUCAACUCUGUUCUUGAGCCAGAGCGUAUGCUGGUCCUGGCAGAAAAGGGGACAGAUGGAGUUGAGUAUGAAAGCAAUCCAGACAUUAUAUAUGCUCAUGAGGACUUCAGACUCAUUGGCACCAUGAACCCUGGUGGAGAUUAUGGCAAGAAGGAACUGUCCCCUGCUCUCAGAAAUCGCUUCACUGAAAUCUGGUGUCCAAAAGUUGAGAUUGGGAGACCUUCAUCUGGUGUCCUGGAGAUCAUUGAGCAUAAUGUGAAGGAGGGAAUCAUCCUUAAUAGUGAGGAUAAUACAACUGGAUUUGGAAAAGCAAUGUUUCAGUUUCUGGAGCACUUCAUCCGAACGGAAUUAGGAAGUAAGUGCGUUAUAAGCAUAAGAGACUUGCUGUCCUGGGUUACUUUCAUAAACAAAGUCACAGAAUCUGAAUGCUUAGAUCCUGGGUUAGCUUAUAUCCAUGGAGCAUGUCUUGUUUUGCUUGAUGGACUGGGAUCAGGACGCACUGGCACAGGUUUGCAAGGAUGGAGAAAGUUGAGAGAAGGAUGCCUCAGUUAUCUCUGUCAGCAAGUUUGGCAGAAAACUGGUGUACAACCAAAUACAGUAACACUAGAUGGAAAAUUAGGGAUGCAGCUGAAUUUUGUAAACAAUGAUACACAUUUUGGUAUUGAACCAUUCAUUAUACCUAAAGGACCAGUCAAAGAAAACAAAGCAAUGAUGUUUACCUUCAGAGCUCCCAGAACCUGUGUAAAUCUCCUUCGUUUGUUGCGAGGAUUACAGCUUUCAAAACCAUUGUUGCUGGAAGGCAGCCCUGGUGUAGGAAAAACCAGUUUAGUGAUUGCUUUAGCAAAGAGUUCUGGAAAUAACAUUGUAAGAAUCAAUUUGUCAGAGCAGACAGACGUAAGUGAUCUCUUUGGUGCCGACUUGCCUGUGGAAGGUGGAGAAGGAGGAAGAUUUGCAUGGCGAGAUGGACCUUUGCUCCAGGCCCUUCGUGAGGGAUCAUGGGUAGUUCUGGAUGAACUGAAUCUUGCAUCUCAGUCAGUACUGGAAGGUCUAAAUGCCUGCUUUGAUCACAGAGGAGAGAUUUUUGUACCAGAAUUAGGCAAAGUAUUUAAAAUUGAACAUCAGAAUACCAAGAUAUUUGCUUGCCAGAAUCCCCAGUUUCAGGGAGGAGCUAGGAAAGGUCUACCAAAAUCUUUCCUCAACAGAUUUACACAGGUUCACAUUGAACCACUUUCUGCAGCCGAUCUAGAGUUCAUCCUGGGAAUUUUGUAUGAGAGUCUUCCUAAAGAGAUCAUUGCAAAAAUGGUAAAGUUCAAUACAGAACUUGUGCAGGAGAUAUCAGAGCAAGGUCUUUGGGGACACUGUGGUGGACCAUGGGAACUCAACCUUCGAGACAUGUGCAGAUGGUGUGAUAUUAUGUUAAAGCACCAGUCAGAAAGCAGUUUCAACCCAGGCGAGUAUGUUGGAAUCAUAUACUCGGACCGCAUGAGAACUGCAGCAGAUAAGGAAAAUGUCUUCACAGUUUACAACCGUAUCUUUGGAGAGGCUUACCCAAGCUACCAGAGUGUUGGAAGAUUCCAUGUGACGCAGAAGACAGUUCAAGUCGGGCAUUCCUUUAUUGAUCGAAAGACAGGCGGAGAUUAUAGUCGUGAGGACAACAGUGGAGAACUUUUUGUUAUUCACCAUCAGUUGCCAACCGUAGAGAGCUUGAUAAGCUGUGUGAACAUGAACUGGAUGGCUUUGAUGGUGGGAGCUUCAGGCGUUGGAAAAACAUCAGUGGUAAAGCUGCUAGCCAGGUUGACUGGAAACCAGCUUUACACAUUCACAGUUAACUCUGAUAUGGAUGUCACUGAACUGCUUGGAGGCUUUCAACAGGUUGAUUAUGGGAGAUCUUUAGGAGAUAUAGUAGAAGAAACAGAAAAUGCAGUUUCAGCAGCUGUGAGACAGCUGGUGUUGGCCAGUUCCAGUGCACAUGCCAAAAAGAUCCUGAAGUCAUGGGAACUGUUCACCUCUGUGCAUAAUGACAAGACAACUAGAACAACCUCUGGAGAAGUGGAGCACUUCCUUCAUCGCUGUGAUCUUUUGCUAGACCUUUUACAGUUGUUGACAGAGAUUAGUGAGAAUGAUAAGAUGCAGGAAAAAUCACCAGUUAAGGGUAGACCAAAAAAGAGAAGGAAAUCAGAGCAGAAGAUCCAGGCUAUGGGUGAUAAUGUCAAGGGCCUUGAAGAGCUUGUUAACAUUUCAAAGAUGAUGAGUGACGUGAAGAAGCUACAGAAUCAGGUUAAGGAGGCUGGUAUAAUAUCAGGGGGUGGCACCUUCCAGUGGGUUGACUCCAUCCUUGUCAAGGCUGUACGAGAAGGCUACUGGCUGUUAGUAGAGGGAGUAAAUGUCUGCUCUCCAUCUGUACUGGAUCGUUUGAAUGCUCUUCUGGAACCUGGAGGAGUCCUGACCAUCAGUGAAAGGGGUGUUGUAGAUGGCGCUGUCCCGUUUGUAACACCACACAAAGAUUUCCGUCUCUUCCUUGCCAUGGAUCCACAAAAUGGGGAGAUAUCACGAGCAAUGAGAAACCGUGGCAUUGAAAUUUGUUCCGUGAACACAUGGACAAAACCACAGGACUUCCGUGCCUUAUUGCUUCAGAAUGGCAUAACAUCUUCAAAACUGCAGAACACCCUGUAUGAGAGUUACAGACUGCUUACAACAGAGCUCCCAGUACAUGAGCGACCAAGUAUUUGCCAGUUCAAGCAAACAGCAUCUAUGAUGAACCAGUUAGUCCAGCGGGGUUUUGGAGGAGAAUUGGCUGUUAGAAAAGCUUUGUCUGUAGUCUACAUCAGAUCUCAAGGAAAGGCACAGUUACAGGAUGAAAUCAAUCAUAUUCUACAUGUAAUACCAGACUUCUUGGAAAAAUCCAUGAACCUUCCUUGGCCUCUAUACGAGCAUCAGACCCUGAGUACAUGCAGGCUGAGUGGAGGAAGCAGCUUAGCACAUGCAAAAGUACUUUCAUCACUUCUACAUUCCAUCAUUCUGGCUCAGAUAUACCCAGAAUCUGCAGAGGCAUGUGGUUCAGAAACCCUGCCAGCAACCUGUCCUCUCCCUGUAAUGCCAAACAGUGUAAAGAAUUGCUUAGCUCUCAUUCUGUCCUUGACACCCCUAGACAACUGGCAAAUGAUCCACAAAUUGCUGGUGAAGCUAAUCAGCAAGCUUCCUCAGAAAGCAAAGCCUCUUGGGGAGUUGGUGGUGUCUGUUUUACAGUCCAUUGUUUCACAGAAAGUGUGCAAAGCAUCUGAAACCUUACAAGCUUGUUUGGGAAAUUUCCUUGCUGUUGAUCCACGUUUCAAUGUACAUUCUCUAGAAGUGCAAGGAUGUAACAAGUCAGAAGUUGAUGUUGAAGGUCUUGCAAACAAAUCAAAAGUGUGGAUAUGGAAAAGUGUGAAUCAUUAUUUUGAAGAAGAUCCUCAGGACAAGAAAGAAGACGAGAAGAAAAAAAUGGACGCCAUGACACUAUUAGAGAUUUCUGAAUCUAUCAGCAAGGGUCGUGCAGGGAAACACCUGAUUCAUCAUCCCUCAAUUCCAUUGCUAUAUCCAUUCUUAAAGGGCAUUGAUCAACUCAUCUCAGCCCUCACUGAUAACACACAGGUGCCUCUCACAGACCUCGAAUGGUGUCACUUAGCGAGUUCCCUUCACUGGCAAGACCGCCUAACUAAGCUCUGUUCUAAAGUCAUUGAAAAGUCCAGAUUUCAUUUGUUUUUGCCUCAGCUGACCUUACACUGGGAGUGGAUUGAUCAGUAUUUAUUGAAGAAAAUCCCUGAAACUUGGAAUGAAAUAGCUUCAGCAAAAUUGAAGAACAUUGUAAGUCAGAUGCAAACCAUUUUUGAGAAGGAGUUUGGGGCACUUCACAAAUUGGCUGCAGAGUUUCGAUCUCAUAUGGCUCCAGCUCCGUUCAUUUCACCAUUUGUGACAGAUGCCCAAGCUAAAUUGAUGAAUCUUAUUGAUUCAGUAGCCCCAGCUGCAGAUAAACAAAAAGUAAACUUGUUUUUGGCUUCCAAACUUGGAAUUGAAACACGGGAGUCACUGAUGCAGAGAGCAGUAGAGGUUGGUAAUUGUAGCAGUGAGAUAGCUGAUUAUGUAGAUGUUCGAAUUGAUACCUUGGAAAGUGUGAUAAACAGUAAAUGCCUGCAGAAUGAAAGGCUGCUCACAUCUAAAGAUGUGGAUCUGACUGUCCUUACUAUUCAAACUUGGCCAUUACAAGACUUUUUGGCUCUAAUAGGACUGUCUUUGGGAAGAAUUAGUAAUAAGAUCCCCAAACAUAUUUCAGAUAUGUUGUGUGUUGCCCCUGGAGUGUUUAAAGAAAUGGCAGCAGUUCUCUCUUGUCCAGGGGUCCAAUCAGGGACUGCAGUUGACACUCACUACUACUUGACAAUGAGACAAAGCACUGCAUUCAAUAAGACACGUUCUUUCUUAGAAUACACACUUCAUUCAUCAGAAGAUGAUCAUGAAAAUGAAAAAGAUAGACAUGCACAUCUCUAUCAUCCAUCUGCAUGUCAGCUUACAUACAUUCUGUCAACAGGCAACAACAGUCCAGGUAGUGGAAAUGAGAACAUUAUAGAAGAGGUUGCUGUUGGACUUCACAUAGAAAAGGUUUCUCAGUUACAGUCAACUCGUUCCACUCUCUGGAGUAACUGGACAUGUCUCACUGAUCCAGAUUCCAGCUAUGAAGCAUCAUUUACAAGAGCUGCUCUUGCUUACAUAGCUUCUACUUUAAACACUCUAGCUUUCAUUUGUCAUGUUGACAUGCCAUCCAAUGUUGGUGUUUCUGACUUGCAAACUGCAUCAAGUCUUGCAGUGAAACUUGCAGAUUCAAGCCUUAGUUUUAUACCUGAAGAGUGCAAGGAACUACUUCUUGAAAUUGCAGAUAGUGUUGUUGAACUUGAGAAGUGCAGCAGUGACUGGCAAACUAAAUCUGCUCUAGCAGCCCAUGCUGUUUUAGCUGUGGGAAUGUUCCGCACCAGCUUGUUGGCUUACAUGGAGCCAGUGGACUCUGCUCAACGUGUGUGCUUUCUCCUGAGGUAUUAUGAAGAAGAAAUGGAGGACUUGCAGUCCAAUAUUAGGUUAGCAGACUGGUGUGAAUGCUUGCAAGGUGGUUUAGGUAAUGCUCCUCUAAGACUUUCUCAUCCGCAUGGAAUACUGAUGAAAGAAAGGCAUGAGUAUUUGAAAGAUGAAUCUCAUAAACUAAACCAGAAGGUAGCAUACAGGCCAGACCCACCAACGUAUCCUCAGCUAAAACAAGACAUUCAUCAUUUUCUGUCUACUGUUUUCUAUCUUGAGAAGUUUAAGCAGUUAUUGGUUGGGCUGAAGUGUAAAGAGAGUUCAAUUCAGGAUAAAACCAUAUUGAUGGUAGAUGUUAUGCUCUCCUCCUGUGAUAAUUUUGUUAAGCAAAUGGUCCGCCAGUAUCCUCUUUAUCGAGACAUAACUUACCCACUGCUUCAGUCUGUCACCAUGUCCUGUGAGGCGUUGCGUCUCCUAGUGACACAUGCCCGAAUCCAGAGAGUCAGUGCUAGUUGUGGCACAAAUGUAACUGAAAGCUUGGCCCAGUAUUCUUCAUUCCCUGUUUCUCGAGAGCCUUUGGACCCCUUGAAGCAGCUGAGUAAGCAGCUGGAAGUGAAGCAGACUGUACCUGUUUUGCUUCCUGAGGACGAGUAUCCUGGUCAGGCAAAGCUUCUUAGUACAUUGGUACUACGAUCUGUCCUUCUAGACCUGUUCAGUACAACUUUGGCUCAAGCUUAUUUAGACAAGAAGGCUGUUCAGAUGAUCAUGCAUUUACUGGAACAAGUCACAACAAUCUGGCGCCAACAGGAAGAGGAAAAGGCUCUGAAAGCACAAGAGAAGGAGAGCCUCUAUCGUUAUAAGGACCGGACUAUGGCUGAAUCAGAGACAGAAGAUGAAACCAUUGAAAGAGAAUUCUCUGAAGCUUUUCCUUCCUUUGAUGAUGAGUUUGAUGAUCUGGAUGGGAUAAACUUAAAUGAUUCGAAGAAAGCAAAAAAGAGAACAAAUAAGGAAAAGGAUGAAGAUGAAGUCUUCGGUCAGUUAAGUGAUAAAGAGGUGCAGGAAAUCAGUGAAUUACAUCGUCUGUUGUUUACUAAUUUGGUGAAUACUUCAUGGUGCAGUGCACCCUCAACCCCAAGUGUGAGCCCCUCUUCUCAGAUGAUACCAGCAUCAAUCAUAAGACUGCGCGUGUUGCGAACUAUCAUCAACACCAUUGGACCCAUUGCUGGCAGUCAUUUGGAUCGAGUAACACUGGGCGCUCACAUUCUCAGCAACCACAAUUCCUGUGCCAUCCUUACUCAUGAUCCCCCAGCCCCUCUUGUUUCUCACCCAUACAACAUAUAUCUAGAUCCAAAUCCCCAAGAGGCCCUAAAGGUUCGGCCCCUCGUGCAAGCAGUACGUGAACGAGUGGAUGAACUCUUGCGUUCAUGGCCAGACCACCCUGUUCUAAUGAUGGUUAACACAGUGGUAAACCGAGUAUUAGGAUUUACACUGACUUCACCACUAAUGAGACAUAUUGUAGGCUUAGAAACAAUCCUGGAAAAAGCUCAAGAAUGGGAGAAAAAUGCUCAUGCUAGUGUCUCUAUGAUGGAGCAAUUGGAAGCUGUGACACAUCAGAUCAUAGAGUGGAGGAAACUGGAGCUACAUGGCUGGAAAAACUGUCUGAAUAUGAUAACCCAUAAAGUUGCAACUGAAGGAAGGAAGUGGUGGCCUCACCUAUAUGAAGCAUUCCAAGUUGCACUUGCAGAAAAGGUCUCUUUGGAUGAAGUAUCGAAAACCCUGAAACAGUUCUUUGAGACCUCUCUACUGGGAGAUUUCCAGCUCCGCUUGGAAAUGUUGUAUGCUUUCCACUGUAAUCUUGCUGUCCUAGAAAAGAGUAAGCUUGUUGAGAAACUCCUGGCUCUCACGUGGAAUCUCCACCAAUAUUACCUACAGUACUUACCUGAAGUCACUGCCACAUUAAGUAAAGCAAGAAAGCCCAUUGACAAGGAAGUAAAAGGCUUUGUGAAAAUUGCACAGUGGCGUGAUAUCAACUUCUUCUCUGUACGCGAGUCUGUGAAUAAGAGCCAUCGGACUUUGCAUCGUCAUAUGCGUAGUUGGGAGAAAAAGCUCAGGCAGCCUGCUUCUCCACUGUUCCAUGAUGCAGACUCAGAGUUAUCACAAAAUCAGACAGGAGCUUGGGAUAAAGAACCAGAUAAUAGCUUAGACCUUCAAGUAGCUCCCACAGUGCCGUCAAAGCCAAGUGAAGUUGAUGAUAUUGCUGAUGUACCAGAGAAUACGGUGCUAGGAAAAUUAGGAGCAUUAACACCUCGCUGCCACAAACUUGUGACCUCAACUUUGAAGACUCUGCCCUAUGCAUCCCAUAUAGAAAUGGUUGAAGAGAUGACUGCUGCAGUCAUUUCUAAUUACCAGGAGUUACAGGCUGCAGGCACAAAGGCAGAAGGCAUCUCAGAGUCUGAGAAUCGUUUGAAGUCAUUACGUAGUGUAAUGCAACGCCGCAGGGAUUCCCUAGCUCAGCUGUUCAAGGCACUCACAGCUACUGGUGUCACUUACACCCGUGGAAAUAGUAUGUGGAGUGAUGGGGAUGUUGAGAAGUGUUUACACCUCCCACCACUGAAUUUAGAAGUUGCUCAUUCUGGUAGUAAAUCCUUGAAAUCUGCUAGAGAAGCUUGGUCAGGCUGUCAGAAGUACCUGGACAGGUGCAUUGGAAGACAAACCCGACUUUUGACAGCCCUCCAACAGCCUCAUGGCGAUCUAGGUCCUGAGCUCAUCAAAAGGUUGCGUGGUGUGUCAUGCUACCUCUUCAUCUUGGCUAGAGACCAGCGAAAGGCAUUAGCAAGUAUUAGUGGUAACAGUCGUAGACUGAGUAACAUUUUGCAAGAUGUAGCAACUGUAACUACUGAAUGCCACCCAGUUGUUUCUCUUAAGAUUGGCUGGCAAACACUUCAUGGAUUAGCUACUUCCCUUGCUCUAACAACAAUGGAGGUAUGUGCAUUGCUAGACACUGUGCCUACAUCUCCUCCUCUCUUGUUAUUACAAGAAAAUUCUGCAGUGCCUGAUGAGAAGGAUCUAGAGGAAGCAAAAAUCAUUCUUGGAGAUAUUGAAAAGUUGGCUACAUAUUUUGCCAGGAAGUUAGCCAAACAAAUGGAACUUUUUGAUGAGGAUCGCAUGCUAACAGUAGAACACACCAAAGUUUUUAGAGAAACCAUGAAAGAAUUUAUCAUUGUGGGUGACAAGAUUCAGAAUAUUACAGUAUUACUGUCUUCAAGUAAGGACACUCAUUUGCCUGUUACUGACCACCUAAACGUUUGGCUGAGAAGUUGGAAAUCAGUGGAGGCUGAUCUCACUUCUUUGAUGGACUCAGAAUCACAAGUACAGGCUCUCAGUGAUGACAGCAUUAGACAUGUUGAGUAUUGUCUAACACAGGUAUUGUUAGGAGUUGAGCAUAUAUACAAGCUACAUAAGAAGCAACAGGAAGAUCACGAUGAUGAUGAAACUCCCAAGAAAGAUUUAACAGAAGGAUUAGUGGAAAAUUUGGAAAAUGACAGCAAAGCCUUGAGACUUGGGAAGGUGGUGAAAAUCCUAGAAGAUUUGGUGAAGAAAAGUGAAAAUCAUCCACAAAUCUUGCUUGUAUUGAAAUCCUCCCUACCUUUGAUAGAACAGUACCAAGCCUUGUGCCAAUCAGUGCUUACAUACAUGGCCCAUAGCAACAGAAGUAUUAGUAAAUUCGCAUCUGUUAUUAUGGCAAUUUUCCAUCAGUUAGCUCUCAAAGGCUUCUGCCGGCCUAAGGAACUUGAGGAGGAGGCUGGAGAAGAGGGUGCCACGAAGUUUGAAGAUAGUGAAGGAACAGGCCUUGGAGAUGGUGAAGGACAGAAGGAUAUGUCCGAUCGAUUAGAAUCUGAAGAUCAGUUGGAGUCUGCUCUCCAGGAAGGAGAGAGUGAGAAAGAGGGUGAUAAAGACUUGAAGGAAGAUGAGGGAGUGGAAAUGAGUGAAGACUUUGAAGGCAAAAUGCAAGACGUAGAAAAGGGAGAUGAUGAUGAUGAUAAUGAAAGUGAAGAUGACGAUGACAAGGAUAUGGAGGAGCAGAUGGGAGAGACGGAAAAGGGAUCUGAAAAACUUGAUGAAAAAGUUUGGGAUGAUAAUGGAGAGAGUGAUGAGGAGGAUGAAGAAAAGAAAGAGGAAGAUGAUGGAACAGGAGAAGAGAUCGAUGGGGAAUCAAAAAUGGUCGCUAAAGAUGAGAAGAAGAGCAACAAGGGAAGAGAUCAGGAUCAGAAAAAGAAAGAGAAACUCAAAGAAAUGGAGGAUAAGUUAAGAGAGAAUGAGGAUAAGGGUGAAGGGGAAGAGGAGUAUGAUGACAAUUUCAAGGACGAGUUUGGUGGAGAGGAAGGCAUGGAGAAUGAAGAUGAGGAUCCACCCAUGCAAUUACCUGAGGACAUGAACUUAGGUGAUGACAAGGGUGAAGGGAGUGAUGCCAGCGAAGGCGAGGGUGAGGGUGAGAAUGAUGGAGAGGGUGAAGAGAACAUGGAAGAAAAUCCAUUUGAAUUUGAUGAGAUGGGUAUCUUGCCAGAGGAAGCACUAGAGCCAAAAAAGAAGGGUGAAGAAGAGAAGAAGGAGAAGGAGAGGGAGGGAGAAGAAGAAGAUCAGACAAAGGAUGAAGCAGCUGAAGAGGAAGCAAAAGAAGAAGAGAAAGACAAAGCAGAUGACAAAAACAAUGAGAAAAACAAGGGUGAAAAGCCCCAGGGAACAGAGGAAGAAAUGGAAAAGAAAGAGGAUGAAGAUAAGACGAAAAACGAAGAGAAAGCCGACGCAUCAAACGAUCAAGACAGCAAGACCAACGCAGAGGCAGCAGAGAUGAACACUACCCAAGCAAGUAAAGAUAUGACAAAGCAAAAGCCAAAGGAAGACGCAGGAGCUCAGCCCGAGCUGGACGAAGACGAGAAGCAGGAAGAGCACGGCCAGACGGGAGAGCAAACGGAAGACCAGGAAGGUGUGGGUGAGUCGGAGAGUCGCACGCGCGAGGAAGCCCACGAAGGAGAUAACUCUGCUUUGGUCACCGAAGAUGCGGCCAACGAUAACACCGAUAUGGAGAAGCCCCGUCGACCAGGAGAGACGGACGAUGAUCGAACGCUAGGGGACGAAGAAAACAAAGCGCAACAAGGUCUCAUGUCAGUGAACCCAAGACGGCGAAACGACCAACGCCAAAACCAAGAAGAACAGGAGGAAAAGAAGUCCAGCAAAGAGUACGAGCACAUAAACAAGGCCCAGAGCCAUUUCGACAAGCAGGUCGUGGAUGCCGGGACACAGGAGCAGGCCCAGGAAGCCCCUGCCCCUGCCAACACGGAGGAGGACGAGGACAACAAAAUGGACAACGAGGAGAUGAUGGAUACUCCCAUGGAGGUUGAUGAGGACCUAGGCGAGGCUGAAGAUGAAAAAGAAGCACUGGGACAAGACAAAGAAAGAAACGAAGGCAAGGACAGAGGUCAGUCGCAGCCUGACCCCCAGGGAGAAGAUGCCAAGGUGGAAACGGAGGGAGAGAUUAUCCUUGCAGCCACUGUGGAGCGCGCGCCGGAGAGCUUCAUUCACACUCUCUUAACAGACGAAAAUGAAUAUGAAGAAGGAGAAGAUGCAUACACAUUUAAUGAGAAUGAAGAAGAAACUAGACAGGACAUCGAGACUGCUACUGCUGUACAGACCGAGGACAGUGAUGCAGCUUGGAUGAAGCACGAAGCCCGUGUGGCAAACAUGGCAUUGCAGUUGUGUGAGCAGUUGCGUCUCAUUUUAGAACCAACACAGGCUGCUAGAUUACGUGGAGACUACAGAACGGGAAAGAGAUUGAACAUGCGUAAAGUGAUACCUUACAUUGCUUCUCAGUUUAGGAAAGACAAGAUCUGGCUUAGAAGAACGCAACCCAGCAAACGAACAUAUCAGAUAAUACUAGCAGUGGAUGAUUCCGAGUCCAUGGCUGAAACACGAACAAGUACUUUAGCAACUGAGAGCGUGGCCUUGGUAACAAAGGCGCUCACACUCCUAGAAUCCGGUGAAGUAGGUGUCCUCAGUUUUGGAGCUUCUACAAAUGUCUUGCACCCAUUAGGUGAUACCUUCAGUGACGAGUCGGGAAGCCGUAUUUUAGCCAACCUAACAUUUGAACAGAAAAUGACAAACUUUGGUAAACUCCUAGAGGAUGCUGUGGCCAUGUUCAAGGGAGUGAAGAGAUACAGCUCCCAUGGAAACCCAGACACCGCCCAGCUGCUUAUCAUCCUAAGCGAUGGUCAGACUCAUACCAGGGCAGAACAGGUCAAAGCUGCUGUUAGAAGAGCAAGAUUAGAGAGGGUCUUCAUAGUUUUCAUUGUUCUUGAUGCAAAAGAUAGCCAGUAUUCUUUCUACGAUAUCCUCGUGUAUGAGGAAGGUGAGAUGCGUCCGCUAGUGGAGACCUUCCCCUUCCCCUUCUUCUUGGUGGUGAGGGACCUGGAGACUCUGCCGCAAGCUUUGUCAACCGCACUUCGACAGUGGUUUGAGCUUGUUACAGCAGAUGCCAAGCAUUGAUGUCUAAUGUUUAGAGAAAUAUGAUAGUGUGUUUAUUUAUGAAGAAUUAUUAUUUUUGUUGAACUUUUGUAAAUCUGUUACAAUAAAUGUAAAAGUUACAAAUGAGUACGUAGGGAUGUAAAUGUUAUAAAUAUUAGCGUAAUCUAUAAGAAAUAAAUUCUUAUACAAUGAU